AUGGCUGCAUGUUCGAAUAUUCAUUCAUUGGCACGUAUACAUGUAUCACUUCGUCAAUCUGGUGGCAAAAGUGGUUGUGUUCGUCUUGGUGGCAUCUGCAAUAGUAGUUCCGAAUGUUGCGGCAACAAUGAUCCAGUGAGUGGUCAUUGUGUGGUUUGUAAUAGCUUUUGGACUAGUCUCACUGGUAGAGGACAUGAUAAAUGUGCCUGCAUUUAUCAUUCUGCUACUGUUCAUCGUAAUACUCAACCUGGCAAAAGCAAAGCUUGCAAUGGUCCCGAUCGAUCUGGUAAGAGCGUUUGUCGUGUAUAUGAUACUCCUCCUGAUAAAAAUGAUCGUCGUGGUAAGAAGCCCGUUUAG